GUUAACUAGUCUAGUUCAUCCCCCACUUUCCUACUUUCACCUGCCGGGACCCUGAAAAUCCCUCGAUUAUAUUUCUAAUCUUGAGAUACCAACUAGACUCUAGUAUAGUCCCCCCUUAAUAUCUAAUACCCCUUCAUUUUCAUCCGUUACCAACUCCUACCUCUCGUUCUUCGCCUGCUUAGCCUCAUUGUCAGUAUACUGUGUUUAUUAUAUUACCUACUCUAGACAGGUAGAGAUAUAGAAGAAGAAAACGCAUUCUUCAUAAUGGGUUCCCUUCCCCCCGACUCCAACCCGCCGCGCCGGCCCCUCCACGAUUCGAUCCCUCCUCUAAUCCUAGGCACCGCUACCUUCAACACACAAUAUGUUGCCAACCCCUACGAUCUACCAGCUAUUUCUAUUGUGUCGCGUGCGCUCGACCUCGGCGUCCGCGCUUUCGAUACGUCACCAUACUAUGGGCCAUCGGAGUUAAUCUUGGGUGAUGCCCUAGCCCAUCCCUCCGUCGCCACGACAUAUCCUCGCUCCUCCUACUUCCUCGUUACUAAAGCCGGCCGCAUCGCCUCUGACGUCUUCGACUAUAGCCCCGCCUGGGUCCGGUACUCGGUGCUGCGAAGUCUAGAGCGCCUGCAUACCAACUAUCUAGACUUGGUUUAUAUGCAUGAUGUCGAGUUCGUCUCACCCCCCGAGGUGCUAGCCGCCGUGUGCGAGCUGCGUCGCCUACGCGCCGAGGGAAUCAUUCGCUACGUUGGAAUCAGCGGCUACCCCGUCGACAAGCUGUGCGCCCUCGCUGAGAUGAUUCUCCUUGAGACGGGAGAGCCACUCGAUGCUGUACUGAGCUAUGGCCAUUAUACCAUACAGAACACGACAUUGGGUACUUCCGCUAUGGCUCGGUUUGAGAGUGCGGGAGUCGACGUCGUCCUCAAUGCUAGCAUGCUUAAUAUGGGCCUGCUAACUACGAGAGGCGCAGCUACCGGUCCCUUAGCCUCGUGGCAUCCGAGUCCGGAGGGGUUGAGAAAAGCAUGUCAGGAUUUGGUAUCUAUCGCGGCAGAUGCGGAUGAGAAGUUGGAGGUUGUCGCUAUCCGGUGGGCAUUGGACAACUGGUCAAGAAUCGGCGCAUCUAGAGGUGGCCGCAUACGAAAGCUAUCGGCCGGGGACCGGGUCGGCGUAAGCGUCAUGGGCAUCUCGAGCAUCCCUGAGCUAGAAGAAACAUGCCGCGUAUUCCAGAGCGUAGUAGAGGGUCUCGAACCGGAGACUUCUGAUAUUGAGCAGUUGAAACGAAGGCAAUGGAGCUUAGAUCGCCGUCAGAAGAUCCAAGGGGUAGUAGAAAAGAUGUGGGCAGUCCUGGGCCAGUGGAAGGACUACAGCUGGACUAGUCCUGAACCUGGGUUCGUCAAUGCGAGAAAGCCUGCUGAUAUUGGCGUCACGCCAAACGACGGGAUAAUUGUCAAGUAUGCCGCCAAAUCUAAUGUGAGUGUGAACAUUGAGGAGUUACCGUUAUCCGCUAUUUAGGGAGGUAACCAUACAAAUAUACCUACGUAUCAUAAUGCACGAAAAUCUUUCGGCACGGAAAUUCGCGCGGGGUUAAUAUGUUAUCUCUCUCUAACAGCGCCGUAAACAUGUAUCAUGAUUGGGAUUCUACAUCCGUCGAGGCGUUAUGAUCUUCGCAAUCCCUACUCUCAACACUUGACUCGGGGUCAAUGGAAUAAUCCGGACGAGGCAUCAUGCCUUAACAUCUAGCUUUCUCGCUCCUGGAUAUAUCCCACCAAAUGAAUGUCACUAAGCUAUAAGUCUAUUGCCUACCUGCCUACCCAGGUACCUUCAUAUGUUGAAUACCUUGGGUACCUACUAUUACACACAAAGCUAGGUAGACACUUGACUAGCUACCUGCGUAAAGGUUCAACA